AUGCGAAGUGUCAAAACUUGUUGGAUUAGCGGAAAAAUCAAAUUCAUUCACGACAACAGGCCUUUGUGGACAGCCACAUGUCACAUUUGUCGUAAGAAUUAUAACAUGCUCCCCAACACCCCAAUGAAAUGUCGUAUUUGUCGCGAGGACUCUCAUGUUGAAGCACGGUGCCGCUUGCCAAUAACAAUCGAAGAUCAAACUGGAACUAUGAAUGCUGUAAUCUAUGGCGAGGAUGCAGAACGAUUAAUCACUUACAGCGGCAAUCAACUAUAUGAGGCAGACCAACAGGGUCGUGAUUUAACUAAAGAAAUUGCCGCAUCAGUCGCACGCCACAAAGUUGUCUGCUUCGUAAAACAAUCGGAAUCUGCUUACCACACAGUUGUCAAGCUUUACAGUAUUCAAAUGAUGAUGAUUCAAGGAAAUGCAUCUACAGCAGAGUCGUCUGGAAAAGAAAGUUCUACAGCAACCCCCUCCAAGGCAACAGAUCCAAAUCUCUUCAGCCCAACACUUAAAAAUGUGCUCGAGUCUGUCGCCCUCAAAAUUGAAAAGUCACCAAAUGUGCCCACUCCAGAAAGCUCAACCAAGAAACGAAUCAACUUUGACGCCCACCAAGACACAACACAAACAAGUAGCUCAACUCCAACCCGGUCAACACUACAAUCAACACAGAAUACUGCCACAAGCCCUUCCAAGAAAAGUCGCCCAAAAAUGGAUUAA